UUUUUUAUUAUUGUAUUUUUUUUUGUCCUUUACCGAACAAGGUCGGAAUGCCCGGACGGUCGCCAUCGAGACAAGGCUCGCAUGCCAAGCGUUCGACGCCCACACCAACGCUGCGUCGCUGGCUCGUUCUGGCCUUGCUGAGCUCGUUGCUGCUGGUUGCGCUCGUCGACGCCGCGACUCCAUCAAAAGCCCCGCCCGCCUCAGCCGCUGCUGCUGAUCAGCAUGCUGCUCCUGCCGACAUUGAGGCAGCCUCGAGCGAUGACAGUGCUGCUGCAAUGGAGAGCGAGCUCCAAGCGAGUGGCGUCGAGAGCAGCACUGACAAGCUGGGUUCGUCGUCCGACUCGGCCUCCUCGAAGGGAGCAAAACGACGCUCUGGCAUCUCCUCCGAGGAAGCCGAAGCAAUCAAGCAACUGCACUCCAUGCUUGACAAGGACAAUGAUGGAUCCAUCAACAUGCUCGAGUCAACCAAGUUUCUAUCCGGAGACGACGCCAAAGGCAUGGGUCGAGUGUGGCAGGCGCGCCAGCAAGCAUUCCACAAGCUGGACACGGAUCGUGACGACAACGACUUUAUUUCUGUCAGCGAAUUGACCACAGGCUGGGCACACUCGCCAGUCCGCUCGUGGACGACAGAAGGCGUCACCAAGUGGCUGGUCGAGAAAGUGCAACUGCCCCAGUACGCUGCGGCCUUCCGUCGCAACAAUGUCGAUGGCAAAAAGCUGCCGUUCAUGGCCAUGAACAAUGGCUACUACCUUCGACAGAACAUUGGUGUGACUGACCACGAGCAUUUGAACCGUCUGAUCAACCAGAUUACGCUGGAUGUUGUUUUCGGCGGAAUUCCCGAUGAUCGAAACAUUUACAAGGAAGUCGCUCUCUACGGACUGCUGAUUGCCCUGCCCAUCUUGCUGGCUCUGUACUUCCGCUCGCAUGCCCAGUCAACAGCUCAAAAUCAAAGGCUGCGGCAAAUGGGCGAAUCUCUGACGAAGGCGCAGCUCGCGGCUGACGAUUUUGAAAAGCGAAUGAGUGAGACGACCGCCGUCCACGGCAAAAGCGUGCAAGAGAUUUUCAACCAAAAGCAAGCACUCGAGGCCAAGCUGCAGCGCGAGAUUGAUGAUGCCAAGCGCGAGGCCGCGCGUCUGCAAACGUCCCGCGAGAACUCUGACCAACUCGAAAAGCGACUCAAUUUCGCAGAACGCGAGCUUGAUCAAGUGCGCGAUGCAUUGCGGCGUGCCGAGCAGCAGCUGCUGGCACAGAACGAGCGGGUGCAGUCGGAUGAGCUGCGCAUCCUGCUGCAGCGAACCUUCGCGAUUGAGAUGCAGCAGCACACCAUCCGGCGCCAAUCAGCCGAGCUUGAGCUGAAGGCAGCCCACGAGGCGCUCGAGAAUGUCACUCGCAAGAACAAGAACUUUAUGGGCAGCUUCCGUGUCGCUCACGGUGGCUCCUUGGACAGUCUCAACGAUGCCGUGCACUCGGCGCUCCAGACACUCUCGCACAUGCGCAAAGAAUCCGAGGAGAUGUCACUCCGCUGGCAGCAAAUCGAAGAUGUCUUGUCCGUGACCGUUCGCGACCACAGCGGCCUGACCACCGGGAUGAACAGCAACGGCAGCAACGGCAUACCUCGCGUUGUUUCCAACAAUGUUCUCGACAACUUGUCAAGCGGUGUCAACACCGCUUUCCUAUCGAAAACAGCGACCAUGACAUCGCUUGGAUCACGCACUGGUCGAAUCUCUCCUUCAUCAUAAGCUCUCUCUCUCUUUUAGUUGGAGUGCUGUUAUUACGUUUGCGAGGGUAUGUCGUUGUCGUUGUUGUUGUGUAGAUGUCUUGCAUGUUUCAUUUUUUUUUUCGCAUGAAUGAAAUGUACAAUGAAUAUUCACGAAUUUAC